UUUCCAUAAAGAUUUUCAAAUCAUUUAACAUUCUUUGAGAGUAAAAGCAGUUAAACCAAAUCAAAUAUAAAACCCCUCCAGAGGGAGUUUUAAGUAAACAUCUUUAAGAGCUUUUAAAGCUCUAAAGAACAGAAGUGAGAAGUUAUAAAAGUGACAGCUGCUUGCAGGAAAGGGACUAAAUCCAAUCAUGAAUGUAAUGCGUAAAUUACGUGGCACGGGUAGUGCACCAGCUGGCAACGGUAGUGCUGGAUCAAACAACACCUCUGUUGGCCAUAAUGCCAAUGGUGGCUCAUCACUACCCACCGGUGGCAGUGAGGAUGCCAUGAUGGAUGCUCGUGUACAGAUAAGUUUGCAUACAUUGAAAAAACUAUUCAAUGAAUAUACCCAUCCCAAGGAGCCACUAAGCGAACAAGAAAGAGACAUGAAACUAUAUCAGAUGUUGCCAUUAUUUUGCAAGGUUUUUAGUGCUUGUCCCGCCUCGGAUAUGAGUGAAAAAUUUUGGGAUGUUGUUGCAUUCUGUCAACAAGUCUCACGUCUCAUGGUUAGCGAAAUACGUAAACGUGCCUCCAAUCAAAGCACCGAAGCAGCUUCGAUAGCAAUUGUUAAAUUCUUAGAAAUUGAAACAACCGAAGAGACAAGUAGUGGUUGGAUGCUAUUAUCAACAUUGAAUUUAUUAGCAAAUGGUGAUGUGUCUUUAAUACAGGUAAGUGGGAACAGGGGUUCAGAAGGAAUAUAA